AUGACAAUAAAAGUGGUAGCUAGCGGACUUUCAGAACAAUAUACAGCUUAUAUAGAGAACAAGGGCUACCGCGGGAAUUUGGUCCGCGGCGGAUUCCAGCCGCGCCUUCCGACUUCGCUGCCGCCCCCAGGGCAGCAGCAGCAGCCGUCGCCGCUACCACGCCGACAGCCCGUCCCGUUGAUGCCUCCCGCGCAGCUUCAUCCGGGAGCGCCCCAGGUGGUCGCUCCGGCGCCUGCGGUCCCUCUUCAGUCGCCACCGCCUUCGGAGCUGAUGGACGUCGACCCCUCAGCCGGGCCGCCUUCCCAAGCGGUGGCUGUGCAGCCUGUCCUGCAGCCGCUUUCCUUGGGCACCCCCAAGGAGUCUGACACCGCAGCGCCUUGUCUGGCGCCCAAUCAGCAGCCGUUGACGCAGCGUCAGGAGACGCUGCCUCUCUUCGUGGGUCCCGACGCCCCGUCGCGUCCAGUCCCAGAAGCUGCGCCCGUGGUCACAGGCUACACAAUCAGGACCGUCAAUGACUCCACAUGA